CUGCAACCGCGUUAACAAGAAAACGCCGUAAUUUAUUCUGAAACAGUGGACAAGCAAAUUGCUUUAUUCAAAUGUGAUAAACUAAUUAGCAGCUUCGAUGACUACUUUUACGAAGUGCCGUGUUUGUAUUUGUGAUCUCGAUGCAACUGUCGGUAGCUACGAUAUGCGGAAAUUGCCUCUAUUAGCACACAAGUUUGUCACCUGCACCGAUUUGUCCGUGUCUGAGGAGCAACGAGUCCCCAGUGAGCUGUGCCAGGCGUGCUAUAACCAGUUGGAACAGUUGUAUGCAUUCCGUGCCAAGUGCAUUGCGGCUGAUACAAAAUGGCGCAUGCAAAUUUUGGCAUUUUGCGAUGAGGAGGAACCCAUUUACGACUUGGAGGCGGCACCGAGUACAGUUGCAGUCGAGGAGCUAAAAGAGAGCAAUGAAAAGCAAAGUGAAAAACUGCACAAGAGCAAAGCAAAAUGUAAAGAGCACCAAUUGGAUUCUGUAGAAGUGGAAAUUGAAAAUCAUGACAUGGAAACACCUGCACAGCCCAUGGAGGACGACGUAGAAUUGGAUGCCGUUACAAGUUCCUCGCCACAGCAUCCCAAAAGCGUCUUCAAAUGCGAUAUAUGCGCCGCGCAAUUCUUAAAUGAGAAGCGCCUGCUAGCGCAUAGUCGGCGACAUGGACAGAUGCCGUACCCCUGCCCCGAGCCAGGCUGUGAUCGCGGCUACAGCCACAAGCAUACUUUAUCCCUGCAUAUGCGAAAGUGUCAUAAGCUUGGUAAGGAGCACAAGUCGCAUGUUUGCGAGUUCUGUGGCAAGCUCUUUGACACUAUGGCGCUGCUCAAAAACCAUCGUUUUACGCACAAGGACAAGUUGGAGCAGCCAUUUGUGUGCGAGGAGCCGGAUUGUGAGCGACGUUUCGCCACUAAGCAGCUGUUAAAGAUACAUAUGAUGCGCCAUGCGGGCAUUAAGAAUUACACAUGUUCAUACUGUGGCGUACAGAAGACGACACGGACUGAACUCAAGAUUCACCUAAAUUAUCAUACGCUGGAGCGCACCUAUUGCUGCCGGCUCUGCUCUAAGGUGUGCUACAGCUCCAGUAAUCUGAAUAAACAUAUGCGCACCAUACACGAGCGUGCUCGGAAUUAUGCCUGCCGCUAUUGCGAGCGCGCCUUCAUUCAGCCCGAGACACGUAACCAACAUGAGCUAAUCCACACGGGCGAGAAGCCACAUGGGUGCGUGGAAUGCGGCAGACAUUUUAGGCAGAAGGCAGCAUUGCGCGCUCACUAUAAAAUUCAUACCCGCCAGCUUAAGGAGUCGAACUCCGAAUUAGGAACUGACGCACAUGAGAUUGUAGGAGAUGAGGAUGGCAACGAUAUGCCAGAGAGUGAAUAUGUUGAAUACGACUGAAAGGUUCAUAGCAUUUCGAGUAACUUAGCGACUCUGGAUGAACAAUUUUGACGUUCAACAGGGUUAUCCAAAUGUGUGCGUUUAUAAUUGGAGAUAACCAAUACUCAGGUCUGUAUUGCCUUCAUAUUUAUUCUUUUUAAACUCUUCCAAAGAAUAUUACAAUUGUGUCCUGAAAGGACUUAAGCAUUGAAGGCGACUUAUAAUAUUCAGUUAUUCUAAAUGGGUAUCAGCAGCAGAGUGGAUAUAGCCAUGCGCGUCCGUCCGUCUAUUUCUGUGCAAACUAUUCUCUCCGGUUAAAUGCUAUUGUGUUGAAACGUUGCUUGGGCUCGCCUAAAAAUGAAAUGUUUUAAAAAGAAAAACUACGCCUGUUUAAACAUUAUCAACCGAAUCCAGCAAAUUUGAGUUUCAUUAUUCUCUUAACACAUCUGCAGGCUCCUGUAGAAACAAGUCUAAUCCGAAUAUUAUAUUUGGUGCUUUGAAAAUAGCCUCUGUUUCCUACAUAUACAUAUGAUUAUUUUACUGCAAUCUAUUAUUAGGAGGGAGACAGACUUUUAUAUAUACGCAUCACCAAAUUAACAGAAGUGUUGAGAACCAGCUUAAUGUCAGAAGAAAGAAAAAUGAAUAUGAGAGUAAAUUAGUAUAUGAGCAGAAAUGAACUUUGUUAUAUGGCCCGCAGAGCUUGCUAAUACAAUAUCAAGGCAUGACAAGUUGUCAGGCUUACUUGAUGUCAUGAGAAUCGCAUAGAAGAAUUGCAUUGAGAACAUGAAUUGAUAUAUAGCGGGAGGUAAAGUUGGCCUAUAUUGAUUUCAUGCAUACAUUCAUCCAAUCAUUUAUUUUCAUAUAUGAACACAUACAUACAUUUACGCAUAACCACAAACAUAUAUCCAUAACCACAUACAUACAUACAUAACCUCAUUCAGAUUUUUUAAAAUGUACCUGUUAAAAAUUGGUAUACAACAAUAGUUUGUCUUAUGGUCCGUCUUAGCGUGCACUUACAAUAAAUAACGUCGAUUCAGUUUCCGGGCUCUUACGGUUCGGGCUGUGAGUCAGUCCGACAAUCAAUUGUAUAUAUAUAUAUAUAUAUAUAUAUAUAUACAUAUGUACAUUUCAAUAUUAAGUUAUUCAGAUAUGUCCAACAUGUAAAAAGUGAUAAAUUGCUUGUGUUUAAAAAGGUAUUGAAAACUGAUUGUUAAAUAAAUAAUUUAUAUCGUAUCCAAAAAAAUGUCCUCUUUUUCGGCAGAAAAAUUGAGCGAUCAUUUGAAAGAGUAUAGGAGAUCACCAGGGGCAAUUGAAACGCCUUCAGUUGAGCCUUUUUCAGAGGUUAAUAAAACACAGAUCCAUUUUGGGAUUCAGAAUGUAAAUAGCAAUAGUUUUUAAUUAUAUUUUCAACUAAAACAAAAUGUACAAAAAUUAAAUUAAACAGCAUUGGAAGCUGCUGCUACUAAAUCUAAAAUACAUAUGUCUACUAAGUUAUAUGCUUGGAAAAUUGUUUGUAUACAUGUAUGUAUGUAGUUAUUUAUAUUGAGUUAAUGCUGUAGUUUGUAAAUGAUAUGAUGUGCUACUUGGAGUUGAGAGAGAGAGCUAGAGCUGUGAUCUGUGGCAAUGGCCCAGUUUUGGGUUGCUUGUAGUAUAUUAUAUUGUAUAUUUGUAUGCAGUAUAAAUAAUUCUGUGUGUGUUUCGUAAAUAGUCAUAAAUACUUUUUUUUUAUUUUUAUUUUCUUGCAUUAAAAUCGUUGUAAAUAUGUUUUCCUUUGCUUCGUUUAUAGAUAUUGUAUAUAGUAUAUUUCCUGUAAGCAUAAAUUCAUUUGCUGUAAAUAUGUAUGUACGUGUGAAUGUGUGUAUGAGUGUUUUUUUUUUUUUUUUUUGCUGUAUAAAUACGUAUAAUGCCAUUAUAUGAUUUUGGGUACAUUGUUGGGGUGUUUUUUCGUUAAGACUGAAAUGCGUUACUCUCACCUAAUCCAAAUUGAUCAAAAAAUGCUUAUGAUUCGGUUUUCUGUUUUGCUUUUGCUUGUUAUUUGGGCCUUUUUUCUUGCCGCUUCUGUUGUUUUUACAUUUUUAGAAAAUGCUAAAGUACAUAGAACAUAAGAAUAUAGCAUAUUUAGGCUAAAUAUCACCCACGAUUAAAUCGUUGUUUAACACUAUAUUAAAACUAGAUUUAUAAUACAUGCUUGUAUGUAAAUCUGUCGCUUUAUAUUACAAUUCAGACAUAAACAAAAGACACGAAUCGAAACUACGCUAACUCUAAGCUAGCAUAUGCUAUAAAUAUAUAUAUAUAUAUCCAUAGAACUAUUUGUAUAUAUAUAUCAUUAGACUAUAUAUGUAUGUAUAUAGAUUGUGUGUAACGUAAUUCUUUAACAUGUUAAGCUCGCAUUUCUUGUUCUCUUUUCACUUUUUUAAAGUCACAUAUCUCUUAUAUAAAUUACAAAUUA